GAAAGGGAUCCACAUUUUCUCUCGAUCAGAUUUCUCAAGUGAAAAGCAAGACCAUUUACUUGCUUGGGAGAUGAAGUCCUGGGGAGAUUCGCCUCUGGGAAAUCCCUGCCCGCCAUGAAGCCCUUCACCUUUAAGAGCGAGGCGCUACGCCAAGAGGGAAGAAAGGUGGCAAAAACGGCCCUGUGGAAACGCACUUCUCGUGACGAGAGGAGGAAGCCCAAGGAGGCAGUCAUGUGGCUCGCAAGACUUCUCCGUGGGAAUGUGGAUUGUGACACACAUUCCCUCUCGUCAAGGUUCGCCGCCUGCCCCAAACGCACAGUCGCUCCAGAAGGACCCAAUGGGGUCCCAGAGCACAGAACACUGGCAGUCUUCCAAAGCCGGCUAUUGCUCUUUUGGAACAAACUGGACUACCCCCUGUAGUCGACCCCGCCGAGAUCUCCUUCGCUGCCCCCGCCCCCCGCCCUCAAGCAAAUGAAGGGCAGAGGCGCCUUCGGUCUGACGAGGAAGUAUUGCUCAGCUCAGCUGCAACCCCACGCUGAGGAAAUAGCUGCGAGAGAAAAUGAGGAAGCGAGCGCUUCAGUCAGCCUGAACGGGCGCGCGGCUGGCACCGAGAGUUCAGCGUCCCGGAGUCACAGCUGGGGCCGGGCAGGCGAAGCGUCUCCCUCAGGGGGCUGCGCGGGCCCUCGCUCUAGCUGGCGUGUCGGUCCCCGCACAGUUUGCUUGCAAGCCCUGCGCAGGCCCUUGCUUCGGCUCUCGAGUUUUCCUGGCUCAGUUGUCCUGAUGUUCGUGAAUUUCAAUGGCCUCCCUGCACAGUCUGACAUAUGCAUUCUCCUGUAGCCUUCAGGAGAUUACUUUUGAUUAAAACGUGGUUCUGAAUGUCCACAAGAGGAAACAAAAAAGCUGACCCACAUUAAAUGCUGCAUGGUUUUAAGGAAAAAAAAUGGCCAGCAGUAAUGCUAAUUCUAACAAUCACCUCCCUUAUUUUUUUGGCAACAUCACACGAGAAGAAGCUGAAGAUUAUCUCAUGCAAGGAGGGCGGAGCAAUGGAUUGUACUUACUGCGAAAGAGCCGACAUUUUCUGGGAGGCUAUGCCUUGUCUCUGGUUUAUGAUAGCAAAGUUUAUCAUUACACCAUUGAGGGGGAAAUGAAUGGCUCUUAUGCCAUUGCAGGAGGAAGGUCUCACAGAAGUCCUGCAGAACUCAUUAACUACCACUCAGAUGAAGUUGACGGUCUUGUUUGCCUUCUCAAGAAACCCUGUAAUCGACCACCAGGAGUGGAACCAAAAACAAGUCCAUUUGAGGACUUAAAAGACAAUCUAAUUAAGGAAUAUGUCAAACAAACAUGGAACCUACAGGGCUAUGCUCUGGAUCAAGCAAUUAUUAGUCAGAAACCACAACUAGAGAAAUUGAUUGCUACAACGGCACAUUUGAGGAUGCCUUGGUUCCAUGGGAUAAUAUCUCGAAUUGAAUCAGAACAACGCAUUCUUCUAGGGACAAGGACCAAUGGGAAAUUUUUAAUCAGGGAAAAAGACACCAAUGGAUCCUUUGCACUCUGUCUUCUCCAUGAAGGAAAGGUUGUCCAUUAUCGCAUUGAUAAAGACAAGAGGGGAAAGCUCUCCAUCCCUGAAGGAAAGAAAUUUGAUACACUGUGCCAGCUAGUGGAACAUUAUUCUUACAAAGCUGAUGGGCUGCUAAGAAUCCUCAAAAAUCCAGUUCCGAGUCCAGAUUUUCCCCCUAGAAAUGGCAGUAUUGAUCUUGGACCCUGUCCACCGCUUCCUGGUCGUGGCAAGACUUUGUCAACAGGUGGAAUUUUCUCCAGACUCAAAUCAUACACUUUCCCAAAAGCAGGAAGCAAGAAGUUACCUGUACCUGCACGUGCUUACAGUGAUGAUACUGAUGUGCCUACAACAUCUAACACUUAUGAACUCUCACAAGCAAUGACAGGCUAUCAGAGGGAAGCUUUACCCAUGGACACCGCAGUCUAUGAAAGUCCAUAUGCAGACCCAGAAGAGAUGAAAGCUAAAAAUGUCACUCUUGAUAGAAAUUUAUUGACUCUGGAAGACCAGGAACUUGGCUCUGGUAACUUUGGUACGGUAAAAAAAGGCACCUAUGAAAUGAGAAAGGGUAGGAAGACAGUGGCUGUGAAAAUUCUCAAGAAUGAAAGUAAUGAUCCAUCCUUAAAGGAUGAACUGCUAAGAGAAGCCAAUGUAAUGCAGCAACUGGAUAACCCAUAUAUAGUCCGGAUGAUAGGUAUAUGUGAAGCUGAAUCUUGGAUGUUGGUAAUGGAAAUGGCUGAACUUGGCCCUUUGAAUAAAUAUUUAAUAAAACACCGAGAUGUUACAGAAAAGAAUAUAACAGAACUGGUUCAUCAAGUUUCCAUUGGGAUGAAAUACUUGGAGGAAAACAACUUUGUGCACAGAGAUUUGGCUGCAAGGAACGUGCUACUGGUUACACAACAUUAUGCCAAAAUCAGUGACUUUGGACUUUCAAAAGCUCUUGGUUCUAAUGAUUACUAUAAGGCAGAACAUUAUGGGAAAUGGCCUGUCAAGUGGUAUGCGCCCGAAUGUAUGAAUUUCUUCAGAUUUUCCAGCAAGAGUGAUGUUUGGAGCUUUGGUGUGUUAAUGUGGGAAGCUUUUUCUUAUGGUCAAAAGCCAUACAAGGGUAUGAAAGGAGGGGAGGUUUCUCAGAUGAUUGAAAGAGGAGAGCGAAUGGAGCGUCCACCAGCUUGCCCUCUUGAGGUCUACGACUUAAUGAAAUUGUGCUGGACGUAUGAUGCUGAUAAUCGGCCAGGAUUUUCUGCAGUGGAGCUCAGGCUGCGCCAGUACCACUAUGAAAUUGCACAAUGAGAGUAUUGUGACUGAGAUUGAUGUGAUUUGUGAAAGAAGACACAGAGGCAGAUAACAGCAAGGGACACAUCUUUCAAAAUGACUCUCCUGACGCUGCUGCUCUACAGCAGCAACAGUAGCAACAGCAACCAUUUUUGCCUUGACUGUUUUUCAGAGCUUUUUUCACACUGAAAGAUUUUUUUUAAAAAAAAAGAUGUGUAAUUCCAAUUGCUCUUUGGUCAUUUGUUGCAUUUUAUCUUCUUGAUUCUGGAUUGGUGCAGAUUUUAUUGAGGAGGGAGAAUCUGGAAUCAUUGUUUUGCUGUUGGCUGGCCUCAAAUACUUUUCAGCAUUUAGUAGAAUAUUCAUAGCAGUAUCUGGAAAUCUUCAAUGUUAAUGUUAAGGAACAUCAGUACUUCCACUUUUAGAGACUUUCUUCAGGAUUGUCCAACCAAGGUUUGCUUUUGAACCAAAACUGAGCCCAUAAUCGGUUCUAAAUAAGGACCAUACUAGAUGAAAUGUCCAGUGAUGCCAGUUUAGAUUGUGGCUUUGCAGGGGGAAAAUGUUUACUAUUCAUUUCCCACAACCGGGGGAGGCUUUACGUUGGUGAAACCACAUGGUAAGAGGGAAAGAGUUGCACAUUCUUCACACUUCAUUAUUGCCCCAGUCUCUAUUAGGCCUUCACACAGCUUCUGUUAGUAUUUUAAGGAAUGCUAGGGGAGUUCAUUUGUAUGUCUAGCAUCUCACUUAUUUUGACCCCUACCUGGCUUUGCUUUAAAAUAUCUUCCCUGGAUUAUUCAUGCAUUUUCAUUACUAUUUUGUUUGCUUAGUACAUUUUUAUCAUGCUCUUCCUCUGAGAAGCUUAAUUUGGUGUAUGCUUGUUGUGUGCUAAUCAAUUUUAUCCUCCCAAUUACCAUGCAGGUAGAUUAGGCUGAGGGAGCAUGAUUGGCCCAAGGUCUUUAUGGCAGACUGGAAAUUGAACACAAAUCCUAAUUUGGCACUUUAAUCACUGCACUAAGCUGGUAUAGUGCAUGUUUUCAUGUAUUAAGCAACAGCCAUGCCUCAGCCCCUGUCCCAAGCUGUUGGCCAUUCCACAGAAGCAUAUAGUAGUAUUCUAUGUUAUUUUAUGGACUGUUUUCCACAACAUCCUAAGUCUUGGUUUAUGUAGUCAAAGAGCUUUUAUAGUUAGGAAAAACAGAAGGCAUACUUGGGCUCUGGAAUCUGUAUUUUUUAGGAUGCCAUUAAACGUUAUAAUCCUACCAGAGAGGCUACAGUGGGCAUAAUAUUUUGAAGGCCCCUACUAUGUACUUCAGUCUAACUACACUCUGUUACUCAGCUAUCACUGCACAUUUCAGGAGUAAAAUGAAACUGGCAUGGGGAAGCUGGAUGCCACCGAGCUGACAGAUGCAGUAGGAACAUACACUGCACAACAGUAAUUUUUCCCCAAUAGCUAUUAAGAAUAGCCCAUAAUAUUUAAAUGGGUCUUCAUAGCCUGCCUUAUCAGAACUGUGAUAAAUACUGACUAAGGAAAUAAGUAUUUCUGAAAUUUCCUUCCCUUAUCAGUACCAGAACCACAAGUAUGGAUUUAUGGGUGGGUGAUGCUAGGUCAGGAGGGACCUGGCUGGCUGGCUGGAGCUGGAGCACUGCCUCAAAGAAAGGCAAAAGUGUAUCCCUCUUGUGGCCUCUAGGGGUCUCCUGAGUCUCCCACUAAACAUUCUGAAUGAAUGACUGAAUGUUCAGUAAGUUUCAAAGGUUGCUUCUCUUAAUUAUAUUUUAGGAAUUCAGCAACAAUUGCAAUCCUAUUUCCCUAUAAUGAAAACAUAGAAAUAGUGAGAACCGAAAUUUUAUUGCAUAAAUACUUCUUUAUUGUUGUUUUUCAAAUCCACAAACAUAAACUUUUAAGGUAUUUUUAAACAUACAAAUCUUUUAAUUUCCUUUCUUAAAAAAUUAAUGGCUAUGUAGUUUGUCUUUUUUAUUUUCAAAAUUAAUAUGCAGUACUGAAAUUAUAUUUUGUUGUUUUAUAUAUCUCAGGAACUGUAUCUAUAGUUGUUGCCUAAACAUUACACUUAUUUGUUUUUGCAAAGAAAAAUCUGUAACAUUUAGAGAGGGGAUUAAAACUGCUUUUUAUUUUUGUAUAUAAUUAAUAUUUACAACAUAAUAAAUAAAUAUCAGUGAAA